UACCAUAAAAAAAUAUUCUGCGGAUUCAUCUCGCAAGAUUUCUCACUAAAUCCUCCUGCAAACCAUGACUUUGUUUCCAUCAAAAACCCCUUUCAACAACGAUGUGGGUCGCAACCAGCGUCUCGCCGAAGCAGUCCUCGCCCCCCAAGCCGUCGUCGAAGACGCCACUUCUAACCUGUUUCGCGAUGAUCCGUGCGGCAUUCAUUUGGCACCGAACAACCCGAGCGAUAAUGAUUUAUCACACGAGGAAGCGUCGGUUGACCUUGCAAAUCACCACGAAGCCCUCAUCGGCGACGAGUUUCGCAAUCCGAAAAACAUUACCAAGCAACCCACUCUUGCAACUCUCGGGGAGGACCCAUUCACCAACGAUGGAGAAGAAAUUGAGCAUCAUCGCAUCGUGGCGACUGAAAUUGUUAAGGAUCCUCUACAAUUUGAGCCCCCCGAUAACAUCCUCCAAAAUGCCAUUGUGCUUAUCGAUCCGUGAGUAAAUAAUGGUGUGGUAGCACUGCAAUAAUUGUUGUAAUCCAUGUCCCUAAUUUUUUUCUGUGUCGACACCUUUCGCCAUGCCAAAAACAUCCAGUCGUAUUCCGGACUGCAUCCAUUUGAUUGAAGCCAGUAAAAGGCGUGGUCUAAUGGUCAUGGCCGUUCUUCCCAAACCGAACGAUGGCACCAAGCAUGUUUCUUAUUAUCCGACGGCGGAAGCACUCCUUGAGGCGGGGAUUCGUCAGGUCUAUGAGCCACCCAUGGGGACCAAGUUUGAUAUCGUCGAGUGUGCAUCCAACCUGAAGACCAUUGAGUCUCAGCAAAACCUACGAUUUCUGGGCGUUCUCCCCUGCCGCGAGGCGGCUGUGGAUUUUUCGGACAUCCUUGGGGCCCUGCUGGGACUCGCUGUUGUGAACGACUUGGGCCUUGCCAGUGCUCGGCGCGACAAAGGUUUGAUGAAGGUGGCGGUUGCCAACGCAGGCUUGAGGGUGGCCAAGUACGCUCGCCUAACUCAAGGAGAUGGCAGAGAUGUUGUUGCUGCUGUAGAGGGACUGGAAUUGGAAUACCCUGUCGUAGUCAAGACUCCCAGGGGGAUGGGUACUCAGGAUGUCUUUAUUUGUAACACCGAAGAGGAAGCAGUCGCAGCUGCGUCGAAGAUUGUCAGGAAUGUAGGCCCUGACGGAAGAAAGACCCAGUAUGCUCUGCUCGAAGAAUUCCUUGGAGGCGAAGAAUUUGCCGUAAACUUAGUAGCCAGCCCUACCACACCUCGUGGCGUUCAAGUAACCGACAUUUGGAUGUAUCACAAAGUCAACACCGAUGGGGUAAGUGUUCGGCAAAAAAUUCUUUUUUCUCCUAUUGAAUUUCCGAUUGACACAGGUACUCUAACAUCUCAUUACUUUGUGCUCGCAUAUCCCAGACAAUGGUGAAUACUUACCAGGAAAUGAUGGAUUCCAAUGACAAAGCCUACGCCUCGCUCGUAAAGUAUGCCGAAGGAGUGUGCCGUGCGGUUGGGAUCAAGUACGGAAUGGCCCACUGUGAGCUGAAGGUGAAGUUCGACGAGAGAAAGAAAGCGUGGGUUGACCCCGUCAUGAUCGAGGUGGCCGGCAGAUUGGCCGGAGGCCGCAAGGCCAUCAUGGCCGAAGCGACCAUCCCCGGGUGGCACCCGUUCGAUGCAAUGGUCGAUGCCCACUGUGGCUUCCCCGUCCGGAUGCCCCCGUCCUUCCGUCCCGCGAAAAAGGCAAUCCAGGCAUACAUUGCAUCCGACAAGAGUGGCGUCCUCACGGCGAUGGAGGGCGACGACUUCGAACGCCUUCCCACGCACCAUGCCCACAGCAUGCUGCGCAAGGUUGGCGAUAGAAUUGUCCGAGCAAGGGAACUCAUGUCUUUUGCGGCCUAUGUUUGGUUCAUUGGAGAUGCAGAUGAUGUGAAAAGAGAUGCCCUGCGAGCGAGGGUUGAAUUCCAAGUUGAGGUGGAGGACGAGCCCAUCCCACCUGCUAACAAGAAGCAGUAGUAGUAAUCAGAUGUCGCAUUGUUACUACUCUUCUGGAAGACCACAUGAGCCAUCUUUUGUCCAAAUUAGUACUACAAUACUGAGGGGGAGGCUAUUGCUGUUUGAUUGUCAAAAUAACUUCAAAACCUACUACUAACUAGUACUAGUAUCACUAACUUUAACAAACACCAAGAAUACUA